AAUUCUGUUUACAAUUUUUCAUUUUCUUCCUUCAUCAUGAUGAUACUUCACUUCUGACUUUUGAUGAAACCAUCAACCACUCUCUGAAUACAUUGGAUAUUUAAAUUAAUCGAAAUUCCAUCUAAAUAGUGAUUGUCUUUUUCUUCUAAUUGUAAACUAAUUCCUUGUAAAAUUGUAUCAAAAAUGUCUACUACUGAAUUUCUGAAGGGCCUCCCUGUUUAUAAUGCAAAUAAUUUUAGUCGAUUUCAAGCAGACUCAUUUAAAUCGUCUUCUAAAAAACCUUCGGUUUAUCUUCCAACGAAAGAUUUUCCAUCUGAACAGACCAUUACCACAGAAGGAAGCAACAUAUUUUUACGAUUUUUACACCAACAAUGGGACAAAAGUACAUCAAGAAAUUUGAAAAAGCGUGAUAGUAAUGGCGACCAAGAAACUGGAAUCACCAGGAAAAAGCUAAAGACAGAGACAAGUCCCUGUAGAACUUAAUUUAGAGCCAAAAUUACAACCUAAUAGCAACAAUAACAACAACUCAU